UCCAGCGGGGCGGCGGCUGCUCCGGACAGACCAACCCGCAAGCUUUCCUGCCGGCCCUACCCGGGGCUCCGGGCUCCGGGCUGCUGCGGCGGCGGCGGCAGCGGGCGCCUGCCAGCCAGAGCGGACUGCGGUGCGGGUGGUGGUGGUGGUGGUGGCGGCGGCGGCGGCUGCCCCAUGGAGUGUUACUACAUUGUCAUCAGCUCCACGCAUCUCAGCAACGGCCACUUUCGCAACGUCAAGGGAGUUUUUCGGGGGCCUCUGAGCAAGAACGGGAACAAAACUCUGGAUUAUGCUGAGAAAGAGAACACUAUAGCAAAAGCUCUGGAAGAUCUGAAGGCCAAUUUUUACUGUGAACUGUGUGACAAGCAAUAUUAUAAGCACCAGGAAUUUGACAAUCACAUUAAUUCUUAUGACCAUGCACACAAGCAGAGGCUCAAAGAACUGAAACAAAGGGAAUUUGCUCGAAAUGUAGCAUCUAAAUCCAGGAAGGAUGAAAGAAAACAAGAAAAGGCUCUCCAACGUCUGCACAAACUGGCUGAGCUAAGAAAGGAAACUGUGUGUGCUCCUGGAAGUGGUCCCAUGUUCAAGUCAACCACUGUUACUGUGCAGGAAAAUAGUGAUGACAUUUCCCAAAGAGUAGUUGAGGAUUCAGUUAAUAAUCAGGAAGAGUUCAAGAAUACUUUGCUUAAUUCUGAAGAGAACAAUACAAAGGAUGCCACCCCUGCUGCCACAGAUGCAGAAAGUGCAACUCAUACAGUCAAAAAUAUCCAACCUGGGGAGCAAGGGCCUGGAAUUCACAAACACAAGAUUGGGUUUUCUUUUGCAUUUCCAAAGAAAGCAGCAGUGAAACUGGAGUCCUCGGCUGCUGCCUUCUCUGAAAACAAUGAUGAUGCCUCUGUGGGGAAAGGAUUUAACAGAAAAAGUAGAUUUGUUCCUGGUACGAGUCAUCUUCAACUACUUUCACCAACAGACACACUUUCGAGUUCUGAGGAGAAAGCUCACUCCCCAGAGGAAAUGUGUAAUGACAGAGAGUCUGCUCAAACUCAAGAGAUGGAAGAUGUUUCCACUGAAAGUGAUAUAUUACUAUUACCCUCAUUUUCACAGUAUCAACUCCCUUUAUUUUCUGCUGCAGAUAAUUGCUCAAAUGCAGUCCCUCUAGAAGAUCAAAUACCACUGGAGAGUAUCAUUAUUAAUGAAAACGUACCUCUGAGUGGCAAUAGUGCUGAGUUAUUGGAGAAGCAACCUGCUGCUCUUGAGCUGUCUACAGAUUGUGUGUCUUUGCAAGUCUCCACAGAGGAAAAUGUUCAAGACAAUGAUGCAGCCACAAUUCAAGUUGAAAUAAAAAAGAAUGACCAGGAAAUGCUGUUUCCUUCCAAUUAUGAAGAAGAGAAAACAACCUUUGUCAAAAAAUCAGAGGUACAUAAAAAACAAUGUGAACCUUUUGUACCUGUACUUAACAAAGAUGGCUCAACAGUUCUUCAGUGGCCAUCGGAAAUGUUAAUAUACACUGCUACUCAACCAUCCAUUUCUUAUAGUUGCAAUCCUCUCUGUUUUGAUUUCAAGUCCACUAAGCUAAAUAACAAUCUAGAUAAAAACAAGCUCCCCUUAAAUGAGAUUUCUUUUCAGCAGGAAAAAGAAAACAUUUCUAAAAUAAACAUUUCAGAGUGCAUUGAUGUAACUACAGCAGGAGUUCCUGAUUGUGAAAUUGAAGAUGACAGGGAUGAAGGCACUAAAGUCCCUUCUUCAGCAGAUGAUGAUCAUUCCAACAACCGUGAUUCUGAAAAACAUGAAAAUAUGGAUCAAAGGUUUAAAAAUACCUCCUGUGAAGCCAGAAAAACUAGUAAAUAUAAUCUUACUAAAAAUAAAAUAAAACGGGACAUUCCAAAUGAGAAAUACAACAAAAUCAGAUUGAAAGACACGCAUACACACUGGUUCCAUAAAAACAGAAGAAAGAAAAAAAGAAGAAAACUUUGUCAGCAUGAUUAUGGGGAGAAAUACAAAGAAUCAGAAACCCAGUUCAAAACGGAAAUGGAAAAUAAUUUCAGGGAUACAACUAGGAAAAAGUUACUGCAAUCAUUCAACGAAAAGCAAUAUUUAGCUACAGAGCAAUUAUUAGACUCGCAUCCAUUACCUGAUAAAAAGCUUAAAUCAGCAUCUAUAUGCUUAAAUGAAGAAAUGUCUACAAGCUGGAACACUGAGUUUAAUAGUAAUGAUGCCAUCAAUUAUACAAAUAACUGUAACAAUAGCUUAUCCGUUUUAAGUGAACAAUCCAAUCCCACAACGAUUCAAGCUAGGAGACAUAAUUUAACAUCCUCCAGAACUUAUUGUAGCUGGAAGGCCAAAACGUCUAGCUGCAGUCCAGUUCACAAAUGCUUAGUCCUUCAAAACGAUGGGAAACCCAUGAGUCAGAACCAGGCUGUUAAAAGAGGUUAUAAUUCUCUCGUUAAUGAAUUUGAUCAAUGUCGUCGAAAACGCAAGCAACAUUCAUACUCUUAUUCAUCAGAAGAGAGUUUAAAUCAACAGGAGGAUUAUUUUCCACAAGGAUGUUUGAGGCCACCACAAGCUUCAGUAGCUCCUUGUAAGCCAAAACGGAAGCGGAAAAGAAAAAGAAGCAGAUUACAUGCCAAACUUGAAGUGUUGGAUUUUAAAGAGAAUACAGAUUACUCCACCAAAAAUAAUACUUCGUGUCAUCAAGCUGAGUCAGUAAGUGAGGAUAACAAUGAUGGGAUGAAGCCACAAGAAAGUUCAAAUGCUGAAAGAAACUCAGAACCCACAGAUCCAGUAGAGAAGAAUUUGGCCUUGCAACCUGGUAGUCCCCUUCCUGCCCAAACCAGUCAAGAAGCUGAACCUAGAGUCAAAGAGACUAAUUCUGAAAAUUUGCCAGAGAUUUCCAGUGAACCCACCACAUCUGUUUAUGUAGCUAGUGCCUCCAAAAAAGAAGAAAAUGACCCCUCUCUUGACCACAAAGAAAGGCGUGUUCAUACAAAUAUAAAUGAAAAGCAAAUUCCUUUGAAGAGGCCUAAUGUUGAGAGGAAUUUUAGACAGUCGCCUCCUAAAACAUACUUUUGCCAUUAUGAACUGGCCGAAGCUCUUCCCCAAGGAAAGAUGAACGAGGCGUCUGCAGAGUGGCUGCGUUUUAAUUCAGGAAUUCUCAACACCCAGCCACCUUUAUCCUUCAAAGAAGCACACGUCAGUGGUCACACCUUCCUAACAACCGAACAAAUCCUGACCCCGCUGGCAUUGCCAGAGCAAACACUACUUAUCCCAAUAGAAAACCACGACAAAUUAAAAACCCUUCCAUGUGAGGUCUACCAGCAUAUCAUCCCACCGACCAUGCUGGCCAACAAGGUCAAAUUUACUUUUCCUCCAGCAGGCCUCCCUCCAGCGGGUCUCUCCUCCAGCACACCUCUGCAGCCUUUGCCUUUGCAGCAGCCCUUAUGCUCUACCUCUGUAACCACCCUGCACCACACCGUGCUGCAGCAGCAUGCUGCAGCGGCUGCUGCAGCGGCAGCCGCUGCAGCAGCAGGAACCUUUAAAGUGCUUCAACCACACCAACAGUUUCUGUCCCAAGUUCCUGCCCUCACCAGAACGUCAUUACCUCAAAUCUCAGUGGGACCAGUGGGACCAGUGGGACCUAGGCUUUGCCCCGGGAAUCAGCCAGCUUUUGUGGCUACUCCUCAGAUGCCAAUUAUCCCGGCUUCAGUUCUCCAUCCUAGCCAUCUGGCUUUUGCUCCCUUGCCCCAUGCCCUCUUUCCUUCUCUGCUCUCCCCUCAUCCUCCCGCCAUCCCUCUCCAACCCCUCUUCUGACCCUCACCGUGCAAAAGGGAAAUUCAUUCACAGGAAAACUCUUGCUAACUUCAUAAAUGUUCAUCCCCGUGGAUAAUUUUCUAUUUAAAUGGUGGAAGUCAGCUGGCCCAAGAAUGGCCUCCUGGAUAAGGAAUCAUUUACUGUAAGUGUAAUGAUACAAAUAAAUUAAGUUUCAUAUAUAUAAUGGUAAGACAAUGGAUAGUUUGAAAAUUAAAACAAUAUAUGCUGUAUAUUAAAAUAAUGUCUUAAAAGUAUGUAUA